AUGUCCAAACUCGACAGUUAUCACAUGAUGAUAGUCUCGAUGUACUUUAAUACCAUCAAAGACUUUAUCAAUCUCAAGAUUGUAUGUAAGAAGUUCAAUGACAACAUGAAGAAGUUUCACUUCAACCCAAUUCCAUUGACUAACAAAACAUUUAAACAUUUUCCAAACAUCGAGACACUUCAUUUGUGGAAAAAACACAAUGAGAAUUUUGGGAAUGGAUUUAUUGUCAAUGUUGUUGAGGGUGAUCAUGAAUAUUAUGAAGAAGUAAACAAAAGAAAAAAGGUAAUAAGAAAAAAGGAGUUUUAUGAAAUUAUCGUGUGGUUCGAAGUAGAUUAUGGAACUGUUGUCAAAAACAGUGGUUUAAACAUAAAAUUUAAAAAUGUGAUUUAUACUAAAAAUAACACAAAAGUAUAUGGCUUUAAAAUACCACAAUGCAUUGGAUCGUUACGAGACAAUUGUUUUAGUGAAUGUAAAACAAUAAGCAGUAUAGUCAUACCUCCAAACAUCAGAUCUAUCAGUUCUGGUUGUUUUUAUGGGUGUUGUAAUUUGGGCAAUAUAGAAAUAUCAACAAGUGUGACAUCAUUUGGUAAUUAUUGUUUCUUUAAAUGUGAAAAAUUGAGCAAUAUAGUUAUACCAUUAAAUAUCAAGUUGAUUGGUGAAUAUUGUUUUUUUGGAUGUAAAAAACUAAGCAGUGUAACAAUACCACCAGGUGUAAUUACACUUGGAGUUUGUUGUUUUGAUGGAUGUGCGAGUCUCAGUACUGUUAAUAUAAAAUCAAUAAAAACAAUUGGUAAUUGUUGUUUUCGUGGAUGUAGCAAAUUGAGUAACAUUAUAAUACCAUCAAUUGUCACAUCGAUUGGUUAUCGUUGUUUUAGUAAAUGUAGCAAUCUGAGCAAUGUAAUAAUUCCAACAAGUGUUUCGUCAAUCGAAGAUGCUUGUUUUAAUGGAUGUAGUAAUCUAAGCAGUGUGACUAUACCAUCAAGUGUAACAUCAUUUAGUAAUAAGUGCUUUAGUAAAUGUAGAAAUCUAAGUUGUAUAGAAAUUUCAACAAGUGUGAUAAAAUUUGGUUAUAAAUGUUUUAAUAAAUGUAACAGUUUAAGAAGGAUGGUUAUUCCAUCAAGUGUGACAUUUAUUGGUGAAUGUUGUUUUUCUGAAUGUAGCAGUCUUAAAAUUGUAAGUGUGCCGUCUAAUAUCACAUUGAUCAACAAUACAUGUUUUUAUAAAUGUAGAAGUUUGAGUAGUAUUGUAAUUCCAUCAAAUGUAAUAAAAAUUGGUGAUCAAUGUUUCUCUAAUUGUGUUGGUCUGAGUUCUGUAGAAUUGCCAUCGAUAAAAACACUUGGCAGCUAUUGUUUUUAUAAAUGUAGCACUUUGAAUAGUAUUACUAUACCAUCGAGUGUCACAUCAAUUGGAGAUUUUUGUUUUUCGUGCUGUAUCGGUCUUUUAAGUGUCACAAUACCAUCAAGUGUUAUAUCACUUGGUUCUGGUUGUUUCGUAGAUUGUAAAAGUCUUAGAAGUGUGACAAUACCAUCAAGUGUCACGUUGAUUGAUAAAAAAUGUUUUUCAAAGUGCAACAAUUUGAGUGAUAUUGUUAUACCAUCAAGUGUGACAAAAAUUAGUGAAUAUUGUUUUUUAAAAUGUGAAAAACUGAGUAGUGUAACAAUACCACAAAGUGUGAUAACACUUGAAGAUUGUUGUUUUGAUGGAUGUUCGAGUUUGAGCAAUAUUGUAAUUUCAACAAGUGUUACAUCGAUUGGAGACAAAUGUUUUAGAGGAUGUAAUAAGCUUGCCAGUGUGAUUAUACCAUCGAGUGUCAUGUAUGUCGGUGAUAAUUGUUUUCCAACACACACUGUUAUUAUUCAAAAGAGUAAUUAA